CAACGGACACAGCAGAAGAAUACCGUGACCUCUCCCUCUCUCUCUCUCCCUACGCACGCGGCCGAAUGCCUCCAGCUGGCGGAGCCUGACCUCGCCGCCGGCGACGAGCCUCGGCCGCCAGAGCAGCCGCGGAUUCAGUUGCCGAGCGGCGGAGCGGGUGGCUACCUACCAUGGAGGAGCUGCACUGAGGCGAGGUCUGGGAAGCCGUGAUUCGCCGGAGCCGGUGGAGAUUUAGCGGAGGGAGGGAGCUGCCGGGGUUUCCACCGUGUGGGACCUCCGGGCGAUGGCCGCCGUUGGCGGCGGCGGCGUCGGCGACGCCAAGUACAACUCGUACAAGGCGCCGGGCCUUCGCGGCGCCAUCCUGGAGGCGGCGCACGUCUCGUGCCUCGAGGACCGCUACGCGCUGGGGCCCCAGCUCGGCUGGGGGCAGUUCGGCGUCAUCCGGUCGUGCUCCGACAUGGUCACCGGCGAGGCGCUCGCCUGCAAAUCCAUCGCCAAGGACCGCCUGGUGUCCCCCGACGACGUGCGGGGCGUCAAGCUCGAGAUCGAGGUCAUGGCGCGGCUGUCGGGCCACCCCAACGUCGUCGACCUCAAGGCCGUCUACGAGGACGAGGCGUCCGUGCACCUCGUCAUGGAGCUCUGCGCCGGCGGGGAGCUCUUCCACCGCCUCGAGGAGCGCGGCUGCUUCUCGGAGCACGAGGCCGCCGUGCUGUUCCGCUACCUCAUGGAGGUCGUGGCGCAUUGCCACAGCAAGGGGAUCGUGCACCGCGACCUCAAGCCCGAGAACAUCCUCCUCGUCAGCAAGUCGCCGUCUUCCCCGAUCAAGCUCGCCGAUUUCGGUCUCGCCACCUACAUCCAGCCCGGUCGAAGCUUGAGUGGCAUGGUGGGGAGCCCAUUCUACAUUGCGCCGGAGGUGCUCGCCGGUGGGUACAACGAGGCUGCCGAUGUGUGGAGCGCCGGCGUCAUCCUCUACAUCCUCCUGAGCGGCAUCCCGCCAUUUUGGGGGAAGACCAAAUCGAAGAUCUUCGAGUGCAUCAGGUCGACAGAGCUGCGGUUUCCUUCCGAUCCAUGGGACAAGGUCUCUGAUUCAGCCAAGGAGCUAGUAACCGAGAUGCUGCGGCGGGAUCCUCGGCACAGGCUCACAGCCAUGCAGGUCCUAGAGCAUCCCUGGAUACAAGAACACGCUGACCAAUCUCAAGAUUCAUGUGGCCACUGCCAUGAGAUCAAUCUCAGAGGAGAAGACCAUGGCUCCUGCUCAUUGUCGACGCCGCCGGUGGCAUCGUGCAGCCGCGACGUGAGCUUCAAUGCCGGCGGCCCGGUCGCCUGCCAGAGCAUGUCCGAAGAAGCGUGCUCCCCCACGUUCGCCUGCAGAUCCUCGUUCUCGGCGUUCGUUGCCGAGAAUGCAUCAUCGUGCGGGCUCGCGGGGUUCUCCUUCGGCGGCGGCGGCGACGACGACAUGUUCCAGUCGCCGGUCGCGUCAAUGCCGAGCUUCUCCUUCUUCUCCGGUGAGCCUGACCCGUCUGCCUCGUCGGCACCGUCAGGUGACGCCUUGGGCGGCGAGAAAUCUCAUUGCCAAGCGGUGGUCGCCCUCGUCUCAUCCUCAGCUCCGAGGACGGCAAGGGCGAACCCGGCGCGCAUCAACAGCCGGAGGAACCACACCAUUGGCGCUGGCGAGCGCGAGCACCUGGACGUGGCCGUCGCCGCCGAGUCGGUCAUCCGGUGGGCGUCCUGCACCAACCUGUCGACGACGCACUCGCUCCGAGCCUCGCUGGUGUGCUAGCCAUUUUGCUUGCUUCUCCGGCAAGCCCUGUGAGAGUGUUGCUGUGGUCUCUUUCCUUUUGCUUCGCACCGCGACGCGAUGCGAGCUGGAAGAGACAGAGAGAGAUGAGUGAUGAGUUGAUGACUGAUGAGAUGAGAGUGUCAAUGGUAGAAUGUAACAUGGAUCUGAUCAUAUAUAUUGUUAUAGUAGAUUAAAAUACCGAGUAGUGUGCUUGACUUUA